AAUUCCAAUGUAUGGUUAGCCGAAGAAGAGGAAGAAGAGGAAGAAGAAGAAUGAGCAGAUAGUCACAUGUGUUUACUUCUUUUCAAGUCGACUAACUCCACUUUCCCCGCAGACACAAACUCACAGUAAAGAAGAAGUAUGAGCUCCUGUCGACGACCAGAACAUUCUGCCCCUCCGGAUGUGUUUUAUGAUGCAAAGGAGGCGAAGAAAUACUCUCAAAAUUCUCGAAUGAUUGAGAUUCAGACUCAGAUGUCAGAGAGAGCCGUGGAGCUUUUGAACCUGCCAGAGGGACAGCCAUGCUUCCUGCUGGACGUUGGGUGUGGCUCUGGUCUGAGUGGCGACUACCUGACAGAAGAAGGACACUACUGGGUUGGUGUUGACAUCAGCACCGCCAUGCUGGAUGUUGCACUGGAGAGAGAGGUGGAGGGAGACCUCUUAUUGGGAGACAUGGGGCACGGCAUGCCUUUUCGAGCCGGAACCUAUGACGGUUGUGUUAGUAUUUCAGCUCUUCAGUGGCUUUGCAACGCCGACAAGCGCACACACAGUCCUCCCAAGAGACUCUACACCUUCUUCAGUACGCUUUAUUCUUCUUUGUCAAGAGGCGCACGAGCCGUUUUUCAGCUUUAUCCAGAGAACUCGGAGCAGCUGGAGCUGAUCACGUCGCAGGCCAUGAAAGCAGGCUUCAGCGGCGGCAUGGUGGUGGACUAUCCCAACAGCAGCAAAGCCAAAAAGUUCUUCCUGUGUCUGUUUGCCGGCAUGACAGGUGUACUGCCAAAGGGAUUGGGAUCAGAAACCACAGACAGGACAGUUGCAAACCAGGUCCAGUUUUCAGGACAAAGAUGCCGUUUUAAAAACAUGAAGGGUAAAUCGGUAAAGGGCCGAGAUUGGAUCUUAGAGAAGAAGGAAAGGAGGCGGAGACAAGGACGGGAUGUGCGAGCUGACACCAAAUACACCGGACGUCAGAGGAGACCUCAUUUCUAGUGCAGCACACACAGCCUUCAAUUGCAAUCACAGUAGAUCAGCUGUGUGUGCAUGGGGAAGAGACAACUUACUUUCUUUUUCAAAUCAAGCUACAGUGAGAUGUACACGACUGCACGACAAUCUGGUCGGAUCAAAUACUAGAGCUGGAUAACAAAUACAGGGUGGUAGACAACCACAGCGUAUCCCACCACAUCUUUUCUUGUGCAUUCGUACAUGCACAAAAUAGUGAUUCAUUAACUAUUUUAUUUAAAUUACUGAUUUAUUGACUGUAUUAUUAUGUUUAAAUAAAAACUCUCAAGGUCCCUUUAAACAAACAAGAAAAGAUGUGAACACAUACCUUCUAUACCAGGGGUGCCCAUUACGUCGAUCGCGAUCGACUGGUCGAUCUCGGAGGGUGUGUCAGUCGAUCUCAAGCCAGGCAUUAAAAAAUGUACAUAAAAAUGAGCAAUCAUCAAUCAUACCAAGACUUCACUUUCGUCAGUUGUUUGAUAUUCUCGGCACCCGAGGAUCUUGUGAGAUGACGCUGGCUGCUGCGAGCUCAUAUUUAAGAAAAAAAUCACUAACAGGGCGGACGCAGAGAAACACAUUUUAUUUCUAGAGACUCCGUACCUACUGUCAAAACUCUAAAGACCGACUGCACAGUUCCUGUCUUCACCAUAAAAGACCUGUUUCAUCCUGCCUGUGCUAACAAAAUAAGAGUCUCAGAAAACUAGCAAGCUACGGAGUUUGAUGCCAAUGUAUAUCUCCCCCGCCCUCAGCGACCGCACACUCACUUGCUUGCCCACCCGCACAGUCACUGACGUCACUCACCUGCUGCCAGACAUUAAAGGGCCACACACAUAUGCUACUCUCAUAACAAAGUGUUUAAAAAGGAGUAUGCAAGUUAGACAAACGAGAUGCCAAAUCCAACCACUUUCAUGUGGUAUUGGACAGAAAGGAGGACUUUUUUUUUCUCCUCCAUUUGAAAAUGCGGACGUUAUCAGCACCACUGUCUGAUUCCAAUCAAUGCAAGUCAUCAGAAUCAGGUAAUACACCAACUUAUAUUCUUGUCUUCAUGAAAGAAAGGAAUCUAUGUGUGUUAAACAUAAUUGUAUUGUCAUUAAACACCAUUAACUUGUUUACAAAAAUGUCUCUUUCACAAAUAAAUAAAUAUAAAUCAUAAAUAGGAAUGAGGUAGAUCUCGACUUGGUCAAUUGAAAAGUAGCUCACCUGCAGAAAAAGUGUGAGCGCCCCUGUUCUAUACAAACAAACCUGCUACUAUGAAUUAGUGGUGACAUUUUGUGUCUUCACCACUUACCAUCACAGCAAAAGUCAACAUUUGUAUCCCUUCAAUUUUCUACUUUUACUCAAUAAUUCAGUGCGACAUGCCACAGUGAGUCCAAUAACAAGAAAAGACACUGAUUUGUAGAUAGACACCAACAAUUGAAUGGUUCCCUCGAUGCCAGAGCUGGGCAAAUAUUUUGACUCUGGGGCCACAUUGACAUAAGAAAAGUGUUUGGGGGGGUCAAGGUUUAUGUAUGUAUAAAUGAUGUAUAUGCACAUUUAGCUGUGAAAAUCUGCUGUACAGAAUUUGUGUUUAGGUCCUCUUUUCCUGGAACACCAAUACCAAAAUGCACAAUGUCUGAUAGAAUUCUAAAAAAGUUAUGACAGACCACCUCCAAAAAACGGAAUGGAAUUGUACAGUUCUUUACUGAGUAGGACACCCGAAAUGGACAUGAAAAUAAAGAAAGUGGGAUUUACAAUAUCAACUAUGAACAAUAAAACACUGAAUAUUAACAACA